AAAAACAAGUAAAGCAUCUCCCUACUACUUCUCUCUUCUUCUUCUUCUGUCUGUAAAAUUGUCGGGAAGCAGCAUUCAACUAUAGCUGCAGAUUUCUCUUUUUCAAUUGCAAAUUCGAUCGAAGUCAAUUAGAUUCGGGAUUUUUCUCCCAAUAUAUUUGUAGAAAACUAGAAAAAAAAGUUUGACCCUUUUGAUUUUUCUUUUAAGCGUAGUUCGUGUUUGAAUCGCUUGAAUUAGAAAAAACCCUAUUCUUCAAUCUGAAAGGAUUUGAAAGUUCUUCUUAGGGCUUGGUUUGGUUUUGUUUCUUCCACUGUCGUGUGUUGGAUUAUAUUAUAAAAUGGAUAAGAAGAAGGUUGCCGUUCCACUUGUCUGCCAUGGCCAUUCAAGACCUGUUGUUGAUUUGUUCUACAGUCCCAUUACCCCUGAUGGUUUCUUCCUCAUCAGUGCCAGUAAAGAUUCACAUCCAAUGUUGAGAAACGGGGAGACUGGAGAUUGGAUUGGUACCUUUGAAGGUCAUAAAGGUGCAGUGUGGAGUUCUUGCCUCGACAACAAUGCUCUACGUGCUGCUUCUGCAUCUGCUGAUUUUUCAGCGAAACUUUGGGAUGCGUUAACGGGUGAUGUGCUUCAUUCUUUUGAGCACAAGCAUAUCGUUCGAGCCUGUGCCUUCUCAGAGGAUACCAAAUUGCUGAUUACUGGAGGAUUUGAGAAGAUACUCCGUGUUUUUGACUUGAACCGGUUGGAUGCAGCGCCUACCGAAGUCGAUAAAUCUCCUGGAUCUAUCAGAACUCUCACAUGGCUUCACAGUGACCAAACAAUAUUGAGUUCUUGCACUGAUAUUGGUGGCGUGAGGUUAUGGGAUGUUAGGAGUGGGAAGAUUGUGCAGACACUGGAGACUAAGUCUCCUGUCACGAGUGCUGAAGUGAGCCAAGAUGGACGGUACAUUACUACUGCCGAUGGGUCAAGUGUUAAAUUCUGGGACGCUAACCAUUUUGGACUAGUGAAGAGUUAUGACAUGCCAUGCAAUGUCGAGUCUGCAUCGCUGGAGCCUAAGUCUGGUGAGAAGUUUGUAGCUGGUGGUGAGGAUAUGUGGGUGCGAGUGUUUGAUUUCUACUCCGGCGAGGAGAUUGGGUGCAACAAGGGGCAUCAUGGGCCGGUACACUGCGUGAGGUUUUCACCAACGGGUGAGUCCUACGCCUCGGGAUCAGAAGACGGAACCAUCAGGAUCUGGCAAACGACACCAAAUCAUAGCGUGGAUGAAGUUGCUAAGAAGAUUGAAGGCUUUCACAUCAACAAAGAAGGAAAAACCGCAGAUAAACUUUCCGAUGCUUAGCAGAACUGAAAGUCUUUGUCUUGGUUCUUGAUUGGCUAUGUUUUGUGUGUUUGUGUUUCCUGACUACAAAAAAAAAACACAAAGGACUUUUCCUUAUCUUUUAGUCUUCUGGCGACCUUUUCGUUAUUAAUAUAUAAAACAUUGGGACUUGUUGUGCAAUUUAUGAUAUAACGUUACUUA